AUGAAGUGCCCAUUCUUGUGUGGCUUUCACACGCCCAAUGAUAGUCACGCCGAGUAUCAGAUCACGGCCCACAUUGAGCUGCAUCACACUCCAGAGUCUCAAUUUGCAGUCGAAGAAAAGGAUCUGGAAUUUGCUCUCGCGUUACAGAGAGAAGAGGAGCAAGUAUUCGCCCAUGGCAGAACCCGUGAAACUCCAUCAAAAUGGUCUACUGAGGACUCUGGCCCGAAAGAGGAAAGCGCUGCCAACCUCACAGAUGAUGACUUUCCUUAUGUCGAAUGUCCCAAAUGCGAAGACUUCAUCCAUCUCGUCGAACUUGACAAACACUUGAACAACCAUCUAUCAUUACAGUACUUAUCCGAUACCAUCGCUGGCAACAUGACCGAAGUCGACUCUGGAUACGAGACCGACUUUUGUCAGUCCUCAGCUGCCCUGCAAUGCUCGACAACAAUCGCUCGACCCCUUGAUCAGCACUACAAAGGAAAACCGGCAGAGACUAGGCCGAAGAGAAUACGCCUUGGUGUAAGUAGUACAUGGUCCCCCUUGCGCUCCUGUCGCCAGUAUCGGGCCCCCACUAUACUGACUCAGACAUCACAAAAUACUAAACAUGAGAAUAGANNAAAAGAGCUUGGCCCGUACGCAUUCGAGAACAGAAUGCCCGAAAGCUUGCUCAAGCGACUCCGAGAUGGCGAACCAACGAGAAGAAUCAAUCGUAUCACCAGGGAUGGCCAGAUUCAUACGGACCGCAUUGUGCACAACGAACUUCCUGGGCUCGUUCCAAUCAUCGCACGACUUUGCGUUGCUUCAUCCAACCACAUUGAAACCGUUCAUCUCUGCCACCCAAGCGUACAAUAUGUGCACAAGGGGACCAUCCCAGGCCAUUUCUGCGGUUAUCGCAACAUCCAGAUGCUUGUAUCGUUCAUCCAAGGUACCAAAGCGAGAGAACAUGAACAAUUUGGGUACGUAUGCGAGGACUCUGCAAUCACAAAAGCUGUUGCAGUAUGCCACACUUUGCAAAAGAAGCAUGCUGAUCACUUUUCUGGCUUAGGACGNAGCUUGCCCGGUGUUCUUGAAAUCCAGGACUUGAUUGAGAAAGCGUGGGAUCACGACCCAAACAAUCUCGGCAGGCAGGAAACCGGAGGUAUUCGCAACACAAGAAAAUGGAUUGGCACUUCCGAGGCGAAAUCGAUCUGUAAGCAUCUGAAUAUCGAUCACGACGUUCACACCUUCAGCAAUACACAAGCCGGACGAGCACAUGAACACUUGCUCGACUUUGUUGAAGACUACUUUUCUCGUGAUGCCGAAGGGUUUGGCACCAAAGUACACAAAUCCCACCGUCCUCCAAUCUACUUGCAACAGCCAGGCCACUCGAUGACGAUAAUUGGGAUUGAGCGCUACGUAAAUGGCAAACGCAGUCUGUUGGUGUUCGACCCAGGAUUUGGACCACCCAAGCAGCUAGCGGAUAUGGUCACACAACCGUCGAGUGCUGCGAUAUCGCCAAAGAACGCCGAUCGCCUUCUCGGAUCCCACAAGCGUACCAUCGCACAGCUAGCAAGAUACGAUGAGUUCGAGGUCUUGACGUGA